AUGACGAUUGCCCCUCGAACCUCCCAAAACACCUUAGUAUUGACAUCCACACAAACAGCACAACGGACGACCAUGCUUUCGGCCGGCAAACUCCAGAACAGGUGUCCCGGAUGUCGGGCCCAGGUUCUGGGCUUCUACGAUGCUCUCUUGCAGCCGCGCAAUAUUGCAUCCCGCCCGUUUGUCCGCCCGCGCGCGACGCCAGUCACAGCAGCUUCGAGAGCUCUCAGUUCGAGAUCUCGACAACCAAACCCUGUCAGACCAUUCUCGACGACCAAACGGGUGUUCAACGAAGUACCGCCGACCGAAAAGGAUACCGAAUCGCGGUCAGCAGAGAAGGAGGCGCAAACAGUAGAAGGAUCAGGGGAAGCAACAGCAGAAGAGAUCGAACUUCUUGUGCGCCAGGCGAGGCAAACAUUUGGAAACACGUUACCCAAGGACUACUUCUCAGGAGAAGAGUACAAGGUAUACGAAAGAUUAUACGGACCGCCACUGCGCGAGACGGCACCGGAGGAUGUUGGCCUUCCGCUCAGGGACGAGCAUGGAGAGGUCAUUGACGAAACGACGCCCGAACACGCCUUGUUUAGGGAAACGGAACAUGGAGACUACGAACAGGUCCAGUACAGGAUCAACCCAGCGGUACCCGGGGGUGCUGUAGAGGCUGCAGACACUGCAGAGCCUGGAUUCCCCGGGGAGCUGGCCGAGGAAGCUACCGAUCUCGAGGCACAAGCUGAGCAGAACCAGCCAGUACUCAGUGAUGCACAUAUCGACUACCUCAAUAUCACGGCCAACAACUCGCGCGAAUACCAUGCUCUGAUAAAGCUUCAACGAGAUUUUGAGGCAGCUGCCGCACUUCAGCCAAUGGAUGAGAUUCACGAAGAAAUCCGCGAGGACGAAGGCAUCACCGAGCAGGACUAUCCAAGGGAAGAGGAGGAGAUUGAGGAGGACGAUGAGUACGACCCCGGGACGGAAUUCGAGGUGGACGAGUCUCGCGACACCAGGGAGCAUCCGUUCACUUCGAUGGGUAAGUUCAAGACUUCACCGAGCACCAUCUACCUGCCAAAGGCCAGCUUUGUUGAGCCGAUUAGCACGCUCCUGAAGCGCACGGAUUCCACACACAUCAGGCAGUGCGGGGAGGAGAAUCUCGGUGGCCCUGGUUUCCCUCACGGUCCCGGAUCACCUCGGUCAAAGGUGAACGUUCCGCAAAAGGGGCUGGGAUUGCAGGCCGGCGUUGGCUGGAUGUCGGAGAUUGAGGCUGAUACGUUCCUCGCUACCAUUAUGCCUGCCGUAUACGCCACGGCUAUGAGCACUCUGGUGGAGGUCAGGAAAAGGCUGGGACCUGAGUGGCUGAGGGGCUUGCUCGCCCGAGAUGGCGGCCCCCGAGUGCUAGAUGUUGGCGCUGGUGGUGCCGCCCUGGCAGCCUGGCAGCAGGUGCUUCAAGCUGAAUGGGACAUCCUUCGUGAAAACGGCGAGGUUUCGGAUCGGUACCCCCCUGGAAAGAAGACAACGGUCGUCGGCAACGACCACCUUCGGCAUCGCGUGUCCCGCUUCUUGCACAAUACGACCUUCUUGCCCCGUCUGCCGGAUUAUCUGCAUGUAGCCAAUGAGCACGAUAUGGGCGUCGGUGACAAGCCGGCGCCGCGGAAGCAGUACGAUGUCAUCAUUGCGUCCCACCUGCUGAUGCCGCUGGACAAGGAGUACAAGCGGAAGGACAUGUUGGACAACCUCUGGAAGAUGCUCAAUCCGGAAGGUGGUGUGCUCAUUCUCCUGGAGAAGGGGCACCCGCGGGGCUUCGAGGCGGUAGCCGACGCUAGAGACCGCCUCUUGGACAACUUUAUCCUCGCACCCCAUUCGGAGCCUCACGCUGACGAAGUCCGGACCUCGUCUCAGCACGUUCGUGAGCCCGGCAUGAUCAUCGCACCUUGCACUAAUCACCAAAAGUGCCCCAUGUACCACCAGCCCGGUUUCAGCCCCGGCCGCAAGGAUUUCUGCCACUUCCAACAGCGCUACAUCCGGCCUCCUUUCCUGCAGCAGAUUCUUGGAGCCUCUCGGCGCAGCCAUGAAGAUAUCGCCUUCAGCUAUGUCGCGGUACGCAGGGGUGCUUACCCAGAAGGGCAUACGCCGUCGGCAGAUUUUGCUGCUGCUGCUGCUUCUGCUGCUGCUGACGUGUCAUCCGAUGCCGGCCCGUUGACCACCAUCACCUCUGAUAACGCACCCGUCUACGUGCAGGGCAAGGAGGCUUCGGAUCUCGCUUUCAAGGGUUAUGAGGCGGAAGAUAGCAAGAAGCCCCAUCCGCUCUCGCUACCCCGCAACAUUCUCCCACCGCUGAAGCGCCACGGCCAUGUUACACUCGAUGUCUGCACACCGCAGGCGACGAUUGAGCGGUGGGUGGUGUCCAAGUCGUUCUCCAAGCAGGCGUACCGGGACGCUCGCAAGGCUCAGUGGGGUGACCUGUGGGCUCUGGGCGCCAAGACGCGCACCCUUCGCAACGUUCGCCUUGGCAGGGCCGGGCAAGACGCGGUUGUGGUGAAGGAUGCUGGCGUGCGCUCCCGGCGGGCGCUGGAGGCGGCGGGUAGGAAGCGGGACAAGGUGGUGGAGAUCAAUGUGCACCCGCAGUUUGGUGUCACUGGUGCCUAUGAGAAGCAUCCCCGCGGCAAAACUCCUGAGCAGAGGAGAUCCAGGAACGGCAGGAAGGUCAGGAUUGAGAAUCUGAUGGAGGAGAUGGGUGCCAAUGAGCUUCCUGAUCCGGAUGACAUUGAAGAUGCCGAGUACCUGAAGAGCAAGGACGUCUAG